CCGCUGAAUGAAACAAUGAGACGGCAAGUGCUAUUGUUUUUCUCGAUGCUCUCUCUCUGUUCCGUGUUUGGGCAGGUCAGCUACUCUGUUCCAGAGGAAAUGUCGAAAGGCUCGUUGAUCGGAAACAUAGCACAAGAUCUAGGAUUAGAUUUAAAACGCAUGAAAGCAGGGAAAGCUCGCUUACACGGUGGCAGCAGCGCUGAAUACAUCGAGUUGAAUAAAGAAAAGGGACUCCUUCUCAUCAGAGAGAGAAUAGACAGAGAGACGUUAUGCAAACAGACGACUCCUUGUGCUUUACAUUUUCAAAUAAUUUUGGAAAACCCCAUCGAGUUCUAUCGCGUUACCGUAGAAAUAACAGAUAUCAACGACAACGCACCGACGUUCAAAAUGAACAACAUGUUAUUUGAAAUCGGUGAAUCUACUGUGAGGGGGUCCAGAUUCGUAUUAGAGAAAGCGUUAGACUAUGACGUCGGUAUAAACGGACUCGAGAGCUAUACCCUUCACCCAACAGAUAAUUUCGUUUUGAAAGUCAGUGACAACGCGGGUGGAGAAAAGGAGGUGGAGAUGGUCUUGGAGAAACCUCUCGAUCGUGAGAAAGAAGAGCAGUUGACUCUGACACUAACAGCCGUCGACGGAGGUGAGCCUCAGCUGUCAGGGACGGUGCAAAUCCACAUUACUGUACUGGAUGCGAAUGAUAAUGCGCCAGUCUUCACGCAGUCGACAUAUAAAGCUAAUUUAAUAGAAAACUCCCAAAAAGGAACUUCGUUAAUGACUGUGACAGCUACUGAUAAAGAUGAAGGCACAAAUGGUUUAGUAACGUACUCCCUGUGGAGUAACACUGAGGGGAUUUUGGAUUUAUUUGAAAUACACGGAGGAAGUGGAGAGGUGCGUUUGAUUGGGAAGAUAGAUUACGAAACAUCGAAACAUUAUCAAUUAAAUGUUAAAGCAAGAGAUCAAGGUGGGCUCACGGAUUCAUGUAAAAUACUAUUUGACAUUAUUGAUGUGAAUGACAAUCCUCCAGUGAUAGAUCUGAUGUCAACUACACAAUCUAUCCCGGAAGAUUCCGCGUUUCAAACAGUUGUUGCUGUAAUGAAUGUGCACGAUGCUGACUCCGAUAUGAACGGAGUGGUUAGAUGUUUUUUGAGUGACCGUGUGCCUUUCAUUAUUGAAAAUACAUCGAAUGGUUUCUACAGCAUUCUAACAAGCGAUGACCUGGACAGAGAGAGAGCAUCAGAGUAUAACAUCAGUGUGAGCUGCUCUGAUGAGGGAGUGCCCUCCCUCUCCAGCAGCGUCACUCUCACCUCACAGAUCUCUGAUGUGAAUGACAACGCGCCUGUCUUUGAGAGGAGCUCAUAUGAGGCCUACAUUGUAGAAAACAACACACCAGGCCUCUCCAUAUUCACAGUGAGAGCCAGAGACGCUGACUGGAACCAGAAUGCCCGCGUUUCUUACAUCCUGGAGGACUCCUCUGUUAACGGAGUGCCAGUCUCCUCAUAUGUGUCCGUUAGUGCUGAUAGUGGAGUCAUCCAUGCAGUGCGCUCUUUUGACUACGAGCACAUCAAAGAUUUCCACUUCCGCGUCAGAGCUCAGGAUGGAGGCUCCCCUCCUCUCAGCAGCAACGUGACAGUGAAAAUCCUGAUCCAGGACCAGAACGACAACCCCCCUCAGGUCCUGUACCCAGUCCAGACCGGUGGCUCUAUGGUGGCCGAGAUGGUGCCUCGUUCAGCAGAUGUGGGCUACCUGGUGACUAAAGUGGUGGCUGUUGAUGUGGACUCUGGGCAGAAUGCGUGGCUGUCGUAUAAACUGCAGAAAGCCACAGACAGGGCGCUGUUUGAAGUGGGCUUACAGAAUGGAGAAAUAAGAACUAUCCGCCAAGUGACUGAUAAAGAUGCUGUGAAACAAAGACUGAGUGUUAUAGUGGAGGACAACGGGCAGCCCUCUCGUUCAGCUACAGUCAUUGUUAACGUGGCGGUGGCGGACAGCUUCCCUGAAGUGCUGUCGGAGUUCACUGACUUUGCACACGACAAGGAGUACAAUGACAAGCUGACUUUUUACUUAGUGUUGGCUUUGGCUGUGGUUUCCUUCCUGUUCAUCACGUGUUUGGUGGUUAUUAUAUCAGUGAAAAUCUACAGAUGGAGACAGUCUCGCAUCCUGUAUGAGUCCAAGCUCCCUGUGAUUCCAUAUUAUCCACCACGUUACUCAGACACUUUGGGGACAGGGACUCUGCAACACGUGUACAAUUACGAGGUGUGCAGGACGACUGACUCCAGAAAGAGUGACUGUAAGUUCGGCAGAGCUGGUAGUCAGAACGUGCUGAUAAUGGAGCCCAGUUCUACAGGGACGAUGCAGCGGAUACAGAGUGACAAGAGCAUCCUGGACGAGCCAGACUCUCCUCUAGAGGUUAGGCAGUUUCCUUUGGUUAUGUCAAAGCUUCAUGUUUAAAUACAUCAUAUAGAC